AUGCCUCAGUUGCUGCGGAACAUUACUGGGAUCAUCGACGCCUUCAGUCGCUACGCCAAGACCGAGGGUGACUGCAAGUCACUGACCCGAGGAGAGAUGAAAAGGCUCUUGGAGAGGGAGUUCGCAGACGUCAUUGUGAACCCCCACGAUCCGGGCACUGUCGAUGAAGUCAUGCGCCUGCUGGAUGAGGAUGAAACGGGGACUGUGGAAUUCAAAGAAUUCCUGGUGCUGACCUUCAAGGUGGCCCAGGCCUGUUUCCAGGCCCUGAGUGAAAGUCCUGAGGGAGCUUGUGGAUCUCAAGAGUCUGGACGUCAUCGCACUGGAGCCUCACAAGAGCUGAGGGAGGGUCAGAGACGUCCCACUGAAGUAGGAGGGGCUGGGGCAAGUCAGCUCCCUGAGGGAGGCAGCGGUGGGCAGAGCCCCCAGAUGUCCAGGGGGCAGGACAUCAGCUCCACUCAGGCUGGUCACCGGGGUAGGCAGACUGAAUCCCAAAGACAGGAGAACCCAAGCCAGCAGGAACAAGAGGCAGGGCAAGUCAGGCAGACUCGGAUACCAGAGGAGAGGCAUCAUCAGACCAGGGAGGGGAGAUCAGACAGAGAGCCUCAGACCAGGGAACAAGAUGGAGCCCACCAUAGCAGAGAGUCCGUGACUGGUACCACCCAAACCCCAGGGUCACAAACUCACACCAUGGAGCAAGACAGAGGUCGUCAGAGGGGAAACACCAGCACCCAGUCCAGGGAGUCCACCUCUGGUCAAAGCAGGGGGAGCCAGGGACAAGACAUGAGCCAGACCAGACAAACGGUAACAGGGGGGCAUCUUCAGACCCAGACAGGGUCACAAGGUCACACCACGGAGCAAGACAGAGGCCAUCAGAGGGGGAACACCAGGAAGCGCAAGCAGACAAAAGCAAUAAAAGCCACCGACGCCGCUGCUGUCCUGAAGUAG